CCAGCUGGGAGCGCCAAGCUGGCAGUGUGCGCUUCGCUGUAGCUGCUGGUGCUGCUAGUGGAUCACUGUGGCCAGGCCAUAGCUCGAGAAACGGAAAAACGCAGCGCUUUUAGCCUCAGAAACCAGCUUUUGGCUCGGAGAGCAUCUGCUCGGAGAGCAGGAGAGCAGCAAAAGGCUGCAAAAAAUCACCAAAACGAUCACCCUCACGCGACGCGCGAGCGUGCUCGCGCUCUGCGCCGUCCGGAGCACGUCGCUGAUGGCGCCGAAGAAGCGCCCGCCGCGCGCCGCGCCGCCGAGUGCGAAGCGGGCCAAGGCCACGACGCCCGUCGUCACCAUGCCACCCGGCUUCAAAGACGAGUGGCGCCUCAUCAAGGAACUACGCAAGGACCGGACCGCCGUCGUCGACACGAUGGGCUGCGAGCGACUCGCCGAUCCGCACGCGUCGGAGAAGGAUCGUAGGUACCACGUCCUCGUCUCUUUGAUGCUGUCCUCCCAGACGAAGGACACCGUGAACGCGGCGGUCAUGGGCGCCCUCAAAGCUCGGGGCUUAUCCGUGAAACGAAUCCUGGACGAGACCAGUGAGGACGAGUUCCACGAAUUGAUCAAGCCCGUCGGCUUCCACAACGUCAAGACGAAGAACAUCCGGAAGGCGACGCAGAUCCUGAGAGAUCAGUACGAUGAAGAGGUGCCGUCGACCAUGGAGGCUUUAUUAGCUCUCCCGGGCGUCGGCCCGAAGAUGGCGUUGCUGGUCCUGAAAUGCGCGUUUGACAUCACAGCAGGGAUCUCAGUGGACACGCACGUGCAUAGAAUUUCAAACCAGCUGGGCUGGACGGGCGGGACCCUGUGUGGAAAUCAAAAUGUCACGGCGCCCGCUCGAAGAUUUCUACACAGGCGGCGCUCCAACGUUGGACAAGGCUGCGUUCCCCUGCAAAGACCCCGAGAAGACGCGGAAAGCUCUGGAGCAGUGGGUGCCGCGCGACGACUGGGGCGACGUGAACUGGCUGCUCGUGGGGCUGGGCCAGGAGGUCCAGACGGAGAAGCCGAAGUUGCUACGGAAGGCGCUGGACUCGUCGGAUCCGGCGUAUGCGGUCGCGUUCCUCGGGCGAAUCGGUAUGGACACUGCCAAGGUCGCGAAGGCCGAGGGGCUGGAGCUCGUAACAUGACUAGUAUCUCUUAA